AUGGGAGACUGGAACCUGCUGGGAAAGCUUCUGGAAAAAGCCCAGGAGCACUCCACGGUGGUGGGGAAGGUGUGGCUCACCGUCCUCUUCAUCUUCCGCAUCCUGAUCCUGAGUGCCGCGACAGAGAAGGUGUGGGGCGACGAGCAGUCGGGCUUCACCUGCGACACCAAGCAGCCCGGUUGCGAGAACGUGUGCUACGACAUCACCUUCCCCAUCUCCCACGUGCGCUUCUGGGUGCUGCAGAUCAUCUUUGUGUCCACACCUACCCUGAUCUACCUGGGGCACAUACUCCACCUGGUGCGAAUGGAGGAAAAGCAGAAAGAGAAGGAGAAAGAGCGGGAGCUUCACUCAGACCAUAAGGCCCCAUUGAUAGAUGCUCAUGUUCACCACAAGAAGGCUCUUAUAAGAGACGAAAAAGGACGCGUACGCCUGCAGGGGGAGCUCCUGCGCACAUAUGUCUUCAACGUGAUCUUUAAGACACUGUUUGAGGUGGGCUUCAUUGUAGCCCAGUACCUCUUAUAUGGUUUUGAGCUGAAACCCAUGUACACAUGUGACAGACCACCAUGUCCCAAUGUGGUGAACUGCUACAUAUCCCGCCCAACUGAGAAAACUAUCUUCAUCAUCUUUAUGCUCGGAGUGGCCAGCGUGUCACUGUUCCUCAACCUCAUAGAGAUCUACCACCUGGGCUUUACAAAGUGCAGCCAAGGCAUCACUUUCAGGAGGGGCCGAAGGGCCCUUGAGGCCAUCUCGAAAGAGCCCAGUGUGACUGCGGUGCCCUUUGUUCCGAGCUACGAUGAUUACUUCCCGGGGCACCACCAAGCCCAGCCUGUCUACCCACCUGUACCCAGCUACAACCCCUCACCUCUGUCUGAGGGGGCAGACUCGUCCUUGCACCCGUACCACAGCAAAGCAGCGUACAAACAGAAUAAGGACAACUUGGCAGUAGAAAGGAGCAGCAGCAAGCCAGAGGAAUGUGACCUGAAAGGGAAGAAAGGAGCAGAAUCGGCCCCUGGGUCUCCUACACAGACGAGGUCCGGCCACGGUGCCAAACACAGCAGCAGCAAGACUAGAAUAGACGAUCUGAAGAUAUGA